UCCAAGUCUAAGGAGGUGUUUGUGGGGCAAGUUCUGGUUGUGAAAGAUUCUGGUCAUCAAGUUAAUCUGUUGUCAUCAGCUGCUGGAGCAGACUUCAGAAAGGGUAUAAAAGCCUUCCAUUCAGGAGGUUCUCUAAUCCAGGUGGCUGCUUCUUCCCUUUUUCUAACAGCAAGAGACGCUAGAUUUAGCAAAGAUGUCUUCCCACCAGCAGAAACAGCAGCAGCACAUACCUCCGCAAUGCCAGGAAAAAAGUCUUCCGAAGUGUGUGGAGCAAUGCCAGCCCCCAAAAGGACAAGCCAAAUGUCCCGUGAAAAGUAUCCCGCAGCAGCAGCAGGAGCAAUGCCCAAAGCAGAAGUAGUGCUAACAUCAACAGCCACAAAAGUGCCCGGGAAGAUGCAAUCGCUUCCUUGCAAGCUCUCCUUCUCUGUGCUAACUCUGCCAGACUAGCUAGAAAUUUGCAGGGCACUGGCUUUAUUUGCAAGCAGAAAUUACUUUACAAAGAGAUGCAAUUCAUUAGCUAAGAUUUAUUCGUCUUCAACUAUAGA